CUAUUAGGUUGUUCCUUAGCCAGCAGUGAGAGAAGCCGGUUGAGCACGUUGUAAGGCCAUCGGAGUCGUCUGAACGCUUCGCAGGGGUCGAGGUGAUAUAGGAACCACUCCGUAACAUCAAAAAUAAAUAUUUAUCAAAAAUAUAUUUACCACCAGAUACAAACACGUUGACCAAAGAAAUGGUGAUGGAGAAGCCAAGUGCCCAGCUUGUCGGGCGAGAGUUUGUUCGACAGUAUUACACUCUUCUGAACCAGGCACCUGAUUAUCUUCACAGGUUUUAUGGUAAGAACUCAUCCUAUGUCCACGGGGGCUUGGACAGCACUGGCAAGCCAGCCGAAGCAGUCUAUGGGCAGACUGAAAUCCACAAAAAGGUGAUGGCGCUGAGCUUUCGGGACUGCCACACCAAGAUCCGCCACGUGGAUGCCCACGCCACGCUGAGCGAGGGCGUGGUUGUGCAGGUGAUGGGGGAGCUGUCCAAUAACAUGCAGCCUAUGAGGAAAUUCAUGCAGACCUUUGUUCUGGCACCUGAGGGCACCGUGGCAAACAAGUUCUACGUGCACAAUGACAUAUUCCGCUAUCAAGAUGAAGUGUUUGGGGACUCGGAUUCUGAACCCCCUGAGGAGUCUGAAGGUGAGGUUGAGGAGCUGGAAGAGAGGGUCAACACACCAGAAGUGGCGCAGGAGGAGUCGGCUGCAUUUUAUGAACAGACGCCGUGCGCCGAGCUGGAGGAACCCCUGGAGGAGCCGGCCCUCAGCCCCGAGCCGGAGCCCACGCAGGAGCCCGAGCCGGAACCCGAGCCAGCCGCGCCCGAGCUGAAACAGGACCCCGAAAUCGAGCCGGAGGUCCCCGCCGAGGAGCCGGCCGAGCAGAAGAGCCCCCCCUCUCCCACACCCGCCGACCCUGCACCUGCCGUGCCUGAGGAGAACAGGCCUUUCUCCUGGGCCUCCGUCACCAGUAAGAAUCUUCCUCCCGGUGGAGUGGUCCCUGCCUCCGGUAUCCCCCCCCACGUCGUGAAAGCUCCAGCCGUGCAGCCCCGGGUGGAAGUGAAGGCCGAAGCUCAGACGGCGGCACAGAGGCCUCAGAGAGACCAGAGGACGCGGGAGCAGAGGCCAGGACCUCCACCAGCGCACAGAGGACCCAGACCUGGAGUUCGGGAAGGCGAGCAGGGAGACUCCGAGGUGCGCCGCGUCGUCCGGUAUCCCGACAGCCACCAGGUGUUUGUGGGAAACGUGCCCCACGACGUGGACAAGGCCGAGCUCAAGGAGUUCUUUGAACAGUACGGCACAGUACUGGAGCUGCGGAUCAACAGCGGGGGCAAGCUGCCCAACUUCGGCUUUGUGGUAUUCGACGAUUCUGAACCUGUGCAGAAGAUCCUAAACAACAGGCCCAUCAAGUUCCGCGGUGACGUGCGCCUGAACGUGGAGGAGAAGAAGACCCGGUCAGCCCGGGAAGGAGACCGCAGAGACAUCCGCCCGAGGGGCCCCGGGGGACCCCGCGACAGAAUAGGGGGCCCCAGGGGCGCCCCCACCCGCGGAGGCAUGGCCCAGAAGCCCAGCUUUGGUGCCGGACGUGGCACCGGACCCAACGAGGGGCGCUACACGGGUCAGCGCCAGUGAAUCCCCCAUCCCCCACAGCCCCCCCACCCCCCCCCCCCACUGGCCCCCUCACAGACACACUCACACACACACACACACAGCCAACACACACACUAACCACUACUGAUCCCUGUCACCUAGCAACAGAGGUGGCUUACAUCUCCUCUUCUCUCAGCGUUUGUUUUCAGCUUUGGGGUAUCGGAAUGUGAUCCUGGACAUUUAUUUUCCUCAUCUUUCUUAGUUCUGAACUUAUUUGUAACAGACAAAAAAAUGACAGAGCUACACGAAUUGAAGAGAAAAAAAAAAAAGAAAAAAAAUCCAGAGACUGGCUUCGGCGUUCUCUCCCUGUUUCUUAAAGGAACGUUUUUACUUCUUGGGCAAUCCUGUGUAUUGCUACCACCGUCUUUUCAGAAGUUAAAUACAAACACGGUUUGUUGAAAUUACUGCAAAGUUCAAUCAUGUCUGUGUCUGAAUGGUUGCUGCAUCGAAUCCUUUUACACCCCCCACUCCCCAUUGCUUCCUUUAUAUUUCAUCACGUACGACAUGCAGUAUUUUUAACAACUUUGAGCUAUUGAGAGAACAAAACUUUUAAUACAUACUAUUUUUAAACCACUUCAUUUGUUUUGUAGUCUGGUUUCAACAUGGCGAUCCUCUGGAGAGAGAUGUGUUCUGUUUUGUAAAAGCAAAUUGUUGUGCCUUCUAUUUAUCUCAUUCCAGUCAUGAAAGAUGUAAAAAUAAAGUGUAGAUUUGCUUUAUCGCUAAAUUUUUUUGAACUUAUUCCACAAAGGUUUUUUGAAUUCCACAGAAAAUUGCUUUCAUUUGAAUAGAAUACACAAAGGUUGUCCCUCUUGUCUGCUGUGUUUUAGCCUUGGCAGUACUGGACGAUGCUUUGUGAUUCCUUUGGACAAAUGGCAAUUAUCCAUUUCACUGAUUCAAAUGUGCCCCUAAACCCCCAUCUGCAGACUUUGCCUGCUUCUGUCACCCAGUGUAUGCUUGCUCAACUUGUCUGCUGUGUCCGGUAGUGCUUACAACAGGAUAUGGAGUAAUUUUGCAUGAUUCCCUCAAAUUUUCACAUGAAGGUCUCUGAGUAGUAGUGCGUCUAACACUAAAUGCCUGUAUCAUUUGCCUCGGUGAUUGCAAGUGGUGGUGUCGGGCCAUGAGGGGGCAGUCUUCUCUCUGGUGCAGGUCUGCAGCCUUGGUACCGGAGAGCUGCAGGGUCUGCUGGCUUUCCUUUUAAUCUUCAAAUCGGCUACCAAUUCUGGUCCAAGAAACCUGGUGAUGCGAGUUGUCUGUAAUCAGCUGUUUUAAUUGAAGUACUGAGUAGUGCGGAAAACCAGCAGACCAUGCAGCUCUCUGGGACCCGAGAUUUAGACUCCGCUCUGGACUAAGUGCAAAGGCCGACCAAUCCUCAGCAUAAUGACGGGUACGCUAGUGUAGGAGAUGCAUCACUACAGAAUGUGCCUCAGUCCUGGUCAAAUUUCAAAGUUUGGUGUGAUUAGUUUUUUUAUUAGAGCCGUUCCUGGUAAUGUUUCAAAACAAGUAUUCAAGUCCUUUUGUCACUGUAGAAAGCGCUUUUGGCUCAAGUUUUUAAAAGUACUCGAGUAAACUGGUCAAAUCAGCAGUAAUCAUGUCGAGAAAAUCCUAAAAUGCCCCACCCGUAAUUUAGAAAGAAUUGGGAGGUGUUCGUUUAAUUAAUUCCAGAGUAUAUUGACAAGUCCAUACUGCACAAUGGCAUGUUAUCUCUGUGUUGGGUGACAAAUACAAAAUGCUGUAAUGUUCUCAGUUUUGUUUUCUGUGCUGGUACAUGUUUUAAGGGUUACAUAGGUGCUGCAUAAAAAUGAAGCAACAAGCAAAUCUGUAAAUAAAUAUGAAAGCAAAUGGAAAAAUACACGAGUAUAUGCACAUGAAUGGAGAGAAUAAAUAAAAAACCUGUUAAAUUUG